UGAUGACAGUUGUGCCACACCUCGUCACUAGUCUGGUUGAAAUCUAGUGCAUGGAUUUACAUGGAUGGCAAACCCUAACACUAACAAGAGGCCUCUAAAUGGACAAACAUGUCAUCAACAACUUCCAACCGAAGACAUCAUCUAACUCUGAUAGCUGCUCUUGGGGUUUUGUGUUCAGUGGUACUAUUUUUUGUUUACUUUCAACCCUCAUCUACUGCAUGUCCAUCUCGAUUAGAUGAUUUGCCAUUUUUGGCAAAGGGAGAUGUUUCCUCAUCUACCAAAAAGCCUGUGGAAAAGCCGCUUGUGUUGCUCUGGUUCUGGCCACUGGGUGUAAGAUGGAAUUUUGAAAUCUGCAAAACCCAUUUCAACAUCGAUAGCUGUGUUCUGACAGAUGACAGAUCCCUUUAUGACAAAGCAGACGGAGUGGUUAUUUUUCACAAAGGCAUCAGCUGGGACCUGAAGAACCUGCCUCAGUCUCCUCGCCCACAUUUUCAGAAAUGGAUCUGGUUUCAUGUGGAAUCACCAACAAAUACCGCCAGAAUACCAGGUCUGGAAAAUCUAUUUAACCUCACUUUGAGCUAUAGACGAGAUGCUGACAUCACAGUGCGAAAUGAAUUGACAACCGUGAAGAAUGAAAAGGACAGUGAGUUUGUGCUGCCCAAGAAGGAUAAAUUGGUUUGUUGGAUAGUGAGCAACAACAAUCCUUCAACUGGGACAGGAACCAGAGCAAAGUACUAUCAAGAGUUGGUCAAACACAUCAAGAUACAUGUUUAUGGUUCUGCUUUUACAGGGAGUCGUUUGAAGUAUGAGGACUAUUACUCAACCCUUGCUAGCUGUAAAUUCUACCUUUCAUUUGAGAAUUCAAUCCACAGAGACUACAUCACAGAAAAGGUGAACGGACCACUUGUAGCAGGAACCAUACCAGUAGUCAUGGGCCCACCCAGAGAGAACUAUGAACAGUUUUUCCCAGCUGGUUCUUUCAUUCAUGUAAAUGACUUUACUAAUGCAAAGGCACUGGCUGACUUCCUCCUCCAACUGGACAAGAAUGAUGAGAUGUAUGUAAGUUACUUCACCUGGAGGAGGUACCUUAAUGUCAAACCCCACCUCCUGACAAUGCAGGAAGAGUUUAUUCAACCUGUUUGUUUAGCCUGUGAAUACAUGGCAAGAGACAAAGGAUAUUACAAUGUUGUCCACAACCUUUAUGAAUGGUACUUUGGAUGAGGGUUUAGCCAUCGUUUUGUAAGCACAGAAAAUAUCAUUUUACCUUAGCUACGUAAACGGAAUACAAUUUUAAAAGUGUCUUCGGAUUUGGGGAUAUUUUGUUUCAAAACUUUAUCAAUUUAAAGGAUAAAGGAUUCAAGGUUUUGGGGUAGAUUAAAAUAAAUAAAUAAUUAAACGCUUUGGAAGCGUUUGGCCGCCUUUCGUUCCAGUACUCUGCUGCCUGUGACUGGAACGAACUGCAAAAAUCGCUGAAGUUGGAGACUUUUAUCUCCCUCACCAACUUCAAACAUCAGCUAUCUGAGCAGCUAACCGAUCGCUGCAGCUGUACAUAGUCUAUUGGUAAAUAGCCCACCCAUUUUCACCUACCUCAUUCCCAUACUGUUUUUAUACUGUUUUUAUUUAUUUACUUUUCUGCUCUUUUGCACACCAAUAUCUCUACCUGUACAUGACCAUCUGAUCAUUUAUCACUCCAGUGCUAAUCUGCAAUAUUGUAAUUAUUCGCCUACCUCCUCAUGCCUUUUGCACACAUUGUAUAUAGACUCCCCCUUUUUUUCUCCUGUGUUAUUGACUUGUUAAUUGUUUACUCCAUGUGUAACUCUGUGUUGUCUGUUCACACUGCUAUGCUUUAUUUUGGCCAGGUCGCAGUUGCAAAUGAGAACUUGUUCUCAACUAGCCUACCUGGUUAAAUAAAGGUGAAAUAAAACAAAUAAAAAAAAAUAAAAAAA